AUGACCAACCUACUUUCCACAUGGGAGACCUCGGCCUCCCUCUCAUCAUUAGUAUCCAUCGGUACACAUCGCCUAUUUGUCUCAGUAAGCGGUCCGCUUCGCCAUGCUCGACCACAAUCCAAUGCUUCUAAUACCGACCCUAUUGCGGGGUACUCUACCACAUGGACCAAUGACCCAAUAAUAAUCAUCUUCCCUGGGGCAGGCGAAUCAUCCUCCUCCUGGCCCAGAGUUCAAGAAAACGUAUCCCGCUUCGCACGUAUUUUGGUAUACGAUCGAACCGGUCUUGGGAAAAGCGAAAGCCGUACAAAUGAUACCAACGUGGAUAACAAAGGAGCAGCAAUCAUCGCAGCAGAAGAGGUUUGCACACUUCUUAACGCGCUUCGUAUCACUGGGCCAUAUGUUCUCGUCGCACAUUCAUAUGGCGCCAUCGUUGCGCGAGAGUUUCUACAUUUGAGGUCAAAUCAAGUAGCCGGUAUGGUCCUUGCCGACGCCUCCACGGAGCGGCAACCGGAGUACUUCCGUCUUCCGGAUCCAAAUAUGAAUGCUGUUAUGGGUAAUCUCAAGUUCUCCGCUGUUACGGGGCUGAGAGCAAAUGCACAGCUGUCGUCUGAUGAGUGGAGGACGAGAGCAAUUGAAAUGAGUCAAAGUGCGCCUGCGAUACAGGCUGAGGUUGCAGGAUAUGAAAUAGUGUGUGCGCAGCUAGGUGAAAAGAAUCAGUUCAAGGGGCAAGUGCUAGAAAACAGACCUUUGAGUGUGAUAAAAUGCCAGUCAUUCCGAGAUUAUGAGAAGAUGUACGAGGCUGGCGUGGAGGCUGGGAAUGGUACUGUUGAGCAACGUCAGGCGUUCAAAGGGCUAUUAGAUAAGUGGGAUGCCUGGUCCGAGGAGUUGCAGCGCGAGCAAUUGCAACUUUCGUCGAAUGCACGGUGGAUUGAGGUUUCCGGGUGUGGGCAUAAUAUCAAUCUUCUUCGGCCGGAUGUGAUUGUGCAGGAGAUACUAUGGGUUCUUGGGAAAAGUAAGGAUGACUUGCGUUUGUGA